AUGGCGGUUUCUGCAGGGGCUUUAGCUUUUGCUUCUCCUCUUUCUUCAUCCCCUGCCUUAUCCGUCCGAGCCGCCCUUAAUUCUACUCCGGUGACGGUUUCCGAGAUUAAAGAUGAACAAGGAAACAUCACUAGUUCUUCUACCCAGAAAUUCACCUACAGUCGCGCUUCUCCCUCCGUCCGAUGGCCACAUUUGAAUCUCCGUGAGACGUAUGACUCCAAAAGCUCAACACCAUCGCAGCCUAUUUCUUCUCCGGUUUCGCCAACCGAUGUCGCCGAUAUUCCAAAUUCCGGUGAAUUCGUCGAUUCUGUUGGCUCCAGCGAGCAGCAGAAGGCGAAUGAAGAAACCGCCGUGGCGAGUCGGAGAAGAAGAGUGAAGAAGCUGAAUAAGGUGGCUCUGCUAAGAGCCAAAGAUUGGAGAGAGAGAGUGAAAUUCCUGACGGAUAAGAUUCUUGGCCUGAAACCUAAUCAGUUCGUCGCGGAUAUUCUCGAUGGAAAGCCUGUUCAGAUGACUCCCACUGAUUACUGCUUCGUCGUGAAAUCCGUCGGUCAAGUGAGCUGGCAACGAGCACUCGAGGUUUUCGAGUGGCUCAAUCUCCGUCACUGGCACUCACCCAAUGCCCGAAUGGUCGCAGCCAUACUCGACGUUUUGGGACGGUGGAAUCAGGAAUCACUUGCGGUGGAGAUUUUCACCAGGGCUGAGCCAGCCGUCGGAGACACGGUACAAGUGUACAACGCAAUGAUGGGAGUUUAUUCUCGCAGUGGCAAGUUUUCAAAGGCACAAGAGAUGCUCGAUGCAAUGCGUCAAAGAGGAUGUGUUCCUGACCUUAUAAGUUUCAAUACUCUUAUCAACGCUAGGCUUAAGUCUGGUGGCUUGACUCCGAAUCUAGCUGUUGAGCUAUUAGAUAUGGUGAGGAAUUCGGGUCUUAGGCCUGAUGCGAUCACCUUCAACACUCUUCUUAGUGCUUGUUCGCGGGAUUCGAAUUUGGAUGGUGCAGUUAAGGUUUUUGAAGACAUGGAAGCUCACCGAUGUCAGCCUGACUUGUGGACUUAUAAUGCUAUGAUCUCUGUGUAUGGUAGAUGUGGGCUUGCUGCUGAAGCCGAGAGGCUCUUCAUGGAGUUGGAGCUUAAAGGUUAUUCCCCUGAUGCAGUGACAUACAACUCUUUGCUCUAUGCUUUUGCCAGAGAAAGAAAUACGGAGAAGGUGAGUUGGCAACGAGCUCUCGAGGUUUUCGAGUGGCUCAAUCUCCGUCAUUGGCCGUCGUAA